AUGUCUGGCUGCUGCUGUUCUAGGAAAUGCCCCUCCGUCUCUCUUUGUUCCACUGAGGUGACCUGUGGAGGGCCCAUCUGCUUGCCCAGUUCCUGCCGGAGCCACACAUGGCAACUGGUGACUUGUCAAGAUAGCUGUGGAUCAUCUAGCUGUGGCCCCCAAUGUUGUCAGCCCUCCUGUCCAGUGAGCAGCUGUGCUCAGCCUGUGUGCUGCGAAGCCACUGUUUGUGAGCCUUCAUGCUCUGUGAGCAGUUGCUGCCAACCAGUGUGCUGCGAGACCACAGUUUGUGAACCUUCUUGCUGUGUAAGUAGCUGUGCCCAGCCUUUGUGCUGUGAGACUACCGUUUGUGAGCCUUCUUGCUCUGUAAGCAGCUGUGCCCAGCCCGUGUGCUGUGAGGCCACCGUUUGUGAACCUUCUUGCUCUGUAAGCAGCUGUGCCCAGCCUGUGUGCUGUGAUGCCACUUCCUGCCAACCGGUCCUCUGUGUGGCCACUUCCUGCCAGCCCAUUCUCUGUGAACCCAGCUGCUGUCAGCCAGUCAUCUGUGAGCCCAGCUGCUGUUCUGCUGUCUGCACUGUGCCUAGUUCCUGCCAACCAGUAGUCUGUGAGCCUGUCUGCUGUCAGCCGGUAUGCCCCACGCCUAGCUGCUGUCCAUCUGCCUGCUCUGUGGCCAGUAGCAGUCAAGCUGUCUGCUGUGACCCCAGUCCCUGUGAACCGCUUUGCCCACAACCCAAUGUCUGCCAGCCUGCUUCCUGUGUGACUCUGGUCUGUGAGCCUGUUUGCCUCCGCCCUGUCUGCUGUGUUCCGAGCCCUUGCGAACCACCUUGUGUUUCCAGCACUUGCCAAGAGCCUUCCUGUUGUGUCUCUAGUAUCUGCCAGCCCAUCUGCUCUGAGCCCAGCCCCUGCUCACCAAGUAUCUGUGUGCCCCGUUCGUGCCAACCUUCCUGCUAUGUAGUCAAGCGCUGUCGUUCUGUCUGCUGUGAGCCUGUUUCCUGCCCAUCUACCUCCUGUCAACCUCUCUGCUGCCGCCCAGGAUCUUCUGCAUCUGCCACCUGCCAACCAACUUGCUCUCGCACUUUCUACAUUCCAAGCUCCUGCAAACAGCCUUGCAGCACUCCAGUAUCCUGCCGUCCAAUUUGCCGCCCAAUUUGCCGCCCAACCUGCUCUGGGCUCAUCACCUACAGACAGCCCUAUAUGACCUCCAUCUCCUACCGUCCUGCCUGUUACCGCCCAUAUUACUCCAUCCUGCGUCGUCCGACCUGCCUCACUUCCUACUCUUAUCGCCCAGUCUGUCCUCGUGUGCCUUGUGCUGAGUCUGACUCCUGUAAACGAGAUUACAAGAAGUCCACCUUCAGCCAACCAGAUUGUGCUGACUCAACCCCCUGCAAGGCAGAAGUCUCAGAGGAGAGUACCAUCCGGACUGCUGAGGCCAAACCUACCACUCCAACUACCCAUGAAGCAGCAGCCACUCAGCCAACUUCCAGCAAGCCUGCCAAUUGCUGAACUGGCCUCAGCUCACCAAUUCCUGCAAAGCAAGAUACUGACUAGAGAGAAAAUCUGAACACCUUCCCUGACCUUCAUUAUACUUCAGCUAGAACCUUUUUCUUUCAGUGUAAUCACUGGUCAUCUUUGAAGAACUCAUGACAAAUGUCAGUGUCUUAGUGGUCUGUGUGAAGGCCUCCUGGACACUGAGAAGGGGACUUUCUAGAUUCCAGUCUUCUGCUGCCAUGAGGCUGAAAAGAGUUAGUUUGCUACAUCAUCCUUUUUUUUUUUUUUUUUUUUUUUGGUUCUCAUGCAUGUGUUCCUUUGCUAUGUGUGCUUAUAUUUCUUAGAGACUUCUUCUAUGAGAUAAAAUAUUUAACUGUUCAAUAAA